UGAUGUAGAGGGCGUAACCGAGUAAUUCGUCAGCAUACGGCGUAUUCACGAGGACCUUUUGCCGGAUAUAUAGACAAAUUUUCGUAAAAUGUUGCAGAACGUUGCAUCAUGUAGAGUGAGUUUAAAAGGAGCUUCGAGAUUAGUACGAUCAACGAGAAGCUUGAGAGAUGGCUCGAGAAAACGUGUACUAUCGCCUAUGCUUCCAUCGACAUCAGUGGAAUUGCUCAAUGCACAAAUGCAGUCGCUUCGACUAUAUUCGAAUUCGGCACGACGGCCAAGUUUUCUGUCUCAGUUGAUCGAGAAUAUCAAGCAGGAGAUGCAGAAAAAUAAAGAGAUGAAGGAAUCAUUAAAAAAGUUUAGAGAAGAGGCUCAGAAACUGGAACAAUCAGAAGCAUUACGAACAGCACGACAAAAAUUCCAAGCUGUUGAAUCUGAAGCCAGCAAAGGUUCAGAAGUAAUCAAAGAAAAACUGGAUACAAUUAAAGAAAAGAUGCAAGAAGUUAUCGAGGAGGCAAGUAAGACUGAAUUAGGCAAACGUGCUGGCCAGUUGGGCGAAGAAAUAACGAAAUCAGCCAAAGGAGCGGCGGAAACGAUUUCUGAAAAGCGCCAAGCACUUGGUAAGACAGGUGCAUUUCAAACUAUAUCACACACCGCAGAGGCCGUACGGAAUGAACUUGACCAACAUGGAAUUCUAGGCAAAGUUUACGUUCCGCCUAAAAAACUAAGAAAGAGGAACGAAGUACCAAUAGAACCUAGAGAAAUUAUGCCUGACCAAAAAACGACAGGUGUGGAAGUGCACAAGGACUACAUGUUUGCCAAUGCUUGGGAAAAUUUUAAGGAUAAAAAUCCAUACGUGAAUAAGGUAAUGGAUUGGAAGACAAAAUUCGACGAGUCAGAUAAUGCUGUACUACGCGCUUCCAGAUUGCUUACGGACAAGGUUUCGGACAUUAUAGGUGGGCUAUUUCAAAAGACUGAGCUAUCGGAAACACUUACAGAGAUCUGCAAGCUGGAUCCCACUUUUUGUAAAAUACAGUUCUUGAAGGACUGCGAAACCGACUUCAUCCCGAAUAUUCUCGAGGCGAUGAUUAGAGGUGAUCUUGAGAUUCUGAAAGACUGGUGUCACGAAGGACCAUACAACAUAAUCUCGCAACCGCAUAGAGAAGUUAAGAAAUUAGGCCAUUAUUCGGAUAGUAAAAUUCUAGAUAUCGACAAUGUAGAUCUAGUGAUGGGUAAGAUGAUGGAACAGGGACCGGUUUUAAUAAUUAGCUUUCAAUCUCAACAAAUCAUGUGCGUGAAAAACUCUAAGAACGAAGUGAUUGAGGGAGAUCCCCAGAAAGUUAUGCGUGUCAAUUACGUUUGGGUACUGUGUCGCGAUCGAACGGAACUUAAUCCAAAGGCCGCGUGGCGUUUGCUGGAUCUCAGUGCCACCAGUUCGGAGCAAUUGGUAUAGCGUGAACGAACGCAACAUAAACUAAACUAUUCAAAGUUUACGCGGCUACGUGGAAUCGUGUAGUGAUGUCAUUCGUGUACAUUACCGUUAUUAUUCAUAUUAAAAAUACGAUCGAACGUGUCAAGAAUUCUUUAACGAUCGUAUUAAACGAUUACUGAUCUAGUACAUAACGUAUCCUGUAAAUUGGAAUGUUUAUGUAUACAAAAUUUAGUAACGCAAUAUCUGUAAAUUUUAAUUGUAUUUGAUCUAAGUAUAUACACGUGCUAAGUUAUUUACAAUAUAAUAUAUUUGUAAAUGCAUCGAAAUCACGUGGUGCGAUACACUUUGCCAUCACAUACAGCUUGUAAUUAUUUAAAAAUAGGUCAUAAUUAAGAUAAUAUCCAUUUAUCGUGCACAUAACAGAAGUAACAUAAUUAGUUAAUUGCGAUAUCGAUUAAUGUUAUGUACUUUGUUUUAUAAAAUUUUCGUACUAUUCUAUAUUCAAU